AUGAUAUUAAAUAAUAACAAUAAUAAUAUUUUAAUACUACCAAAGAUAAUACAAAAAUUAAUAUUAUCAUUAAUAUUUAAUCAUAGAAAAUCAUUGUUAUCAUUAUCCAACUAUAUUGAAUCAUAUGAAUCCAGAAAUAAUUAUUAUACGCUAUUCAAUCAUUUCAAAGAGGUUUCUUUUAGGAAUGUAUUGAGAUAUGCAUUGGUCUGUAAAGAUUGGUUUACUGUUGUAUCGGGUCUUUGCAAUAGAUAUUAUAUGGUGAUGCCAAUUACAUUCCAUUUAAAUAAAAAACAAGAACAACAACAUGAAAAUAACAACAACAAUCAACUAGAUUUAAAACAACGAUCGUUUAUAAAUAAUAUUAGAUCGAGUUCACAACAAAAUAUGCGUGAUAUAUUGGGUAGACAGUGUGAAAUAAUACGUACUUUGGAUAAGCUUCUAUCCAGUCAAUACUCGGUCUUUCGAUUCGAGAAUAUCGUUCAUCUCUACAUCGAUACAUACUCAGAACAUUACGAUCUAAAAUGCUAUCAAUCAAAACAGCAAGAAGAGCGCCGUGAUGAAAAUGAGUAUGCCAAUAUCAUAGAAUAUAUCAAGAGGUUUCCGAAACUGGAGAGAUUGACAAUAAAGACUGAAAGUGUUCAUUUGGUGAAUGAUCUCAUGGCUGCGCUGAAUAGAGAUAGCGAUGACCAUUUCCAGCAAGUGAAAAUAGAGGUCUAUGUAAAGAAAGAACUGACUCCACACCACGAAAUAAUGGAUCUUUCAAUGGCAGCUAACCAAGCUGUUUUGGAAUAUUUCAGUGAUAUCAAUCGCUACUACGAGGAAUUCGUGAAGAAAUGGCGAUGUAAUUCAAUAUCGAUAGAGUUUGACGAUGGCGAACACGAAGGUGGAAUCAACCAUAUUUCAUAUCGUGAGCUCUUCAGAAUCCACUCACUGAAAUCUGUCAAUAUUUCAUCGCGUGAACACAUCUAUCUCGAUGAACUGGAACACGUGCUAAUCUACGGCAUAGAAUCGUUCAGAGGAAACGUUGCAUUUGGUCUGCUUGGUCAUGAUGAUUCGCUUCCAGACAAUAUUAAUAAUGAGGUGGAAGAGGAGUGGUGCGCCUGUCUGCCCUAUGACGACAGUGAUAUUCAAGAAGAAGAUGAAAGUAGCGACAAUGAUGAUAGUUUCGAAAUGGAUAGAACAGCAGAAGUACACUCAUUUAUAGAUAGUUUAGAUCAUAACAAAACUUUAAAGCAACUGUUGAUAGUCAAGGUUGGGUAUGGUUCAAUAAUAAUUUCCCAUUUUAAAAAAGCAGUCGCACUUGGACAUAGCAAUAUUGUAAUUACCAAACCAGGUGUCUAUGGUUAUCUCAGUCUAUUGUUGGUUAUUCAACAAAAAGAAGAGAUGCUUAUCAAAAACAGUCAACAAUUAAGAGAAUUCAGUCAAUAG